UGUCUGCAUGACAAGGAACAAAAUGAAAAAAAAGAAGAAGAUGAUGCUAUCCAAGGCAUUCCACAGGAAGAUCAAGUUUGUGAUUCCUGAAAGAUAUGCAAGCAUAGUAACAAAGAUAAUUGUGUUGGGUUAGCGAUGUCGAUACAGAAGUAAUGGGACACUAAAUUUUAGGAUAAUAAUAGCCAUCCCUUAUAACUGUGUUUGACAAACUAACCUUGUUUUCCAAAGCGACAAUUUGAUUUGUGAUUACUUAAGCCAUUAGCUGGGGGCCACAGCCAAGUACCAACCGGUGAUUAUAUUGAUUAGUUUUUGUCCUAUUACCCUACAACAAACAUCACAAGAAAAGAGCUCUCAGAUUCCAAAUCUUAACCUACUUGAAACAAACCAACACGAUACAGCUAACUUUUAAGAAAACUAAUGAGAGCAAUACCUAGACAGCUCUACUUGAAUUAUUCCAGCCACAGUAUAUUGCAGCUAUUGGCCUGUAGGCUCCCUUUUCAAAACACAUUUAAACAUCUACAUGCCAUCUGUAUGAGCUCCGAAAAGAAUAUUGACGAUAAUGGUCAGUAACUGAUUCAACAUGAUAUUUUGGUAACAACCUGAUCCAUCUGGACGUGCACUCAACCAAUACCAUAUAUCUCAGUAAUCAAUCAAUCCAUUCCCUCCAAAAGCCAACCAAAGACCUCAGUCAUCCCUGAAUCCUUUCCCUCUUCUUCAAUCCAGAGACCACUUUCCUCCCCCAUGAGAAGGCACCACAAAGUUUUUGCUACAUGCUAGUGCUUCUGAUGCCAACAUCAACAAAGAUGGCCAGAAGCAUGCUUGAGAGGAAGAGAGUACCAAAGUUCAUCAUCCUCUCCAUCCUUGCCAUUAUCAGUAUAACCAGCACCAAUGCAAUUGCAUCACCGAAGGAUUCAUUUGUACCUCGAGACAACUACCUCAUUAGCUGUGGAGCAUCUGGUUCUGUGCAGCUUGAUGAUGGCAGGACAUUCCGUUCUGAUCCAGAGUCGGCAUCGUUUCUGUCCACCCCAGUGGACAUCAAGAUCACUGCUAACAAUUAUCCGGCUGCUGCUUCACCAUUAUCCCCACUCUAUCUGUCAGCAAGAGUUUUUUCGGAUGUCUCAACUUAUAGUUUCUUUGUCUCGCAGCCUGGUCGCCAUUGGAUCCGUCUCUACUUCUUACCUAUCCCUGACAAACAAUACAACCUCACCACAGCUACAUUCUCUGUGUUCACUGACAAUAUGGUUCUUCUCCAUGACUUCUCCAUCAUUGCCAGUCCCCCAAAUCCUGUCCUUCGGGAGUAUAUUGUCGUAACCCAGGGAGACAACUUGAAGAUCAUUUUCACCCCAAAAAAGGACUCAAUAGCAUUCAUCAAUGCUAUUGAGGUUGUCUCUGCACCACCCAGCCUAAUUCCAAAUACCACCAACAGCCUGCCUCCCCAGGAACAAUUUGACAUCUCCAACAAUGCAUUGCAGGUAGUCUACCGGCUGAACAUGGGAGGUGCACUCGUGACAGCCUUCAAUGACACACUGGGCAGGAUCUGGUUACCAGAUGCACCUUUUUUGAAGCUUGAGGCAGCAGCAAAAGCAGCUUGGGUUCCUCCUAGAACCAUCAAGUAUCCUGAUGACAAGACCAUCACACCACUCAUUGCUCCAGCAUUCAUCUACUCAACAGCACAGCAGACUGCCUCGACAAAUACCUCGCAAGCAAGAUUCAACAUAACUUGGGAAAUGGAAGCAGAGCCAGGAUUCAAGUACCUCAUCCGCCUACAUUUCUGUGAUAUUAUAAGCAAGGCACUCAAUAGCCUCUACUUCAAUGUCUACAUAAAUGGCAUGAUGGGUGUGUCCAACCUCGACCUCUCAAGCUUGACAAUGGGGCUUGCAGUAGCCUACUACCAGGACUUUACUGUGGACUCAUCCAGCAUCAUCAACUCCACCCUUCUAGUGCAGGUUGGCCCGAGCACUACCGACUCCAGCAACACUGAUGCCAUCCUUAAUGGACUUGAAGUCAUGAAGAUAAGCAACCAAGCAAACAGCUUAGAUGGCCUUUUUUCACCAAAAACAAGCUCACAACUUGGUAAGAGGACACUAACCGGCAUAGGUCUUGCUUUGGCAGUGAUUGCAGCUGCAUUGGCCAUGGUAAUAUGCUGCAGGCGAAACCGAAGGCCAGAAUGGCAGAAGACAAAUAGCUUCCAUUCUUGGUUCCUUCCACUCAACUCCAGCCAAUCAAGCUUCAUGAGCAGCUGCAGCAGGCUCUCCAGAAAUCGCUUUGGCUCCACAAGGACCAAGAGUGGUUUUUCGAGCCUGUUUGCAUCUAGUGCUUAUGGACUAGGCCGCUAUUUCACCUUCGCUGAAAUUCAGAAAGCCACAAAAAACUUUGAAGAAAAGGAUGUCCUUGGUGUUGGUGGUUUUGGAAAAGUUUAUCUUGGUGUUCUUGAGGAUGGCACAAAGCUGGCUAUCAAGCGAGGCAAUCCAUCUUCUGAUCAAGGUAUGAAUGAGUUCCUGACUGAAAUUCAAAUGUUGUCAAAGCUACGUCACCGACACCUGGUUUCACUCAUUGGUUGCUGUGAUGAGAAUAAUGAGAUGAUCCUGGUUUAUGAGUUCAUGUCAAAUGGUCCAUUGAGGGAUCAUCUCUAUGGUGGUACGAACCUGAAGCCUCUCUCUUGGAAGCAACGCCUAGAAAUUAGCAUUGGGGCGGCAAAGGGCCUGCAUUAUCUUCAUACAGGUGCAGCUCAGGGCAUAAUUCACCGUGAUGUCAAGACUACCAACAUUCUCCUUGAUGAAAAUUUUGUGGCCAAGGUUGCUGAUUUUGGCCUAUCAAAAGCUGCUCCAUCCCUUGAGCAAACCCAUGUCAGCACUGCUGUCAAAGGAAGCUUUGGCUACCUUGAUCCAGAGUACUUCAGACGUCAACAGCUAACGGAGAAAUCAGAUGUAUACUCUUUUGGGGUGGUACUCUUUGAGGUGUUGUGUGCAAGGCCAGCCAUCAACCCAGCACUUCCAAGAGACCAAGUGAACCUCGCAGAAUGGGCCCUUACAUGGUACCGCAAGGGAGAGCUUAAUAAAAUAAUUGAUCCUCACAUUGCAGGACAAAUCAGGCCUGAUUCACUUGAGAUGUUUGCUGAGGCUGCUGAGAAAUGCCUUGCUGACUAUGGAGUUGACCGUCCAUCAAUGGGAGACGUUUUGUGGAAACUUGAAUUUGCCUUGCAACUUCAAGAAAAGGGUGAUGUUGUUGAUGGAACCAGCAAUGGGAUCCCAAUGAAGAGCUUCAAUGCUUCAAGCUUAGAUGACAUGGAGAAACCUAGCAGUGCAAUGCCGCCUGUUCAAGGAAGAUAACAGUAUCGUUGCACCACCAAAAUCUGCAACUAUCAUAAUGCAGUAUUGCAUUUUUAUUGUCCAUUCAGGGAAAAUGAUGCAGGCUCCUGACAUAAAGCCAUACAUUAUUUUUGUUUCUACUUUGAACAUCUAGUUGUUGUGUAGUAUCAUUAAGGUUAUAUCAGAUGAAAUAGAGAGCAUUGCGGAGCUGUUUGUAAACUAAACUGUAACAUCGGAUUCUUAAUUUUAAUUAUUCUUGGAGAUAAAGUAAUUCCUUUGUCUACUGGACUUAAUUCCCUGUAUCAUACAU